AUGGCAACUUUUGAAGGACUUUCCAAAUUUCAAGAUCUUUUACAUACAGUGGAUCGACCAUUUGAAAACAUAGCUAUUGAGUUCAAGGGUUUAAUUCCUGAACAAAAAAGAUUUGAAGCCGCUUGUGCUUUGAUGGCAUUGUUAGAAGAUGGCAAGUCUCAGACAUACGAAAGAGUUGUAUCUCUUUAUAUUCUCUAUAAUUUAUACAAUGUUGUACCAAUUCAUCAAAAUCCAUUCCUUAUACUGUUUUUAAAUCUUUACAAAACUCUUUCAUCAAAUUUCGAUCUUGUUGAAAAAGAUUAUGAUCUAUUGGUUGAAUUUCGAGUAGAAGCAUUGAUCUUAGCAGAUAAAGGUUCACAGUUGGCUGAUAAAACUCCUGUGGAUGUAUAUCAACAAUUUGUGAACGGGGAUAAAUCAUUAAUAAUCGACACGGAAGAAAUAAAUAUAGCGGAAUUUGAGUAUUAUAUUAAACAAGAAUUUGAUAUACGACCAUCAAAAGAGGAACACCCUGAAAGGCAUGAUGAUUCAAAACGACCGUGGUCAUGGACUCCUAUUGACAGUAAUGAUGAUUCUUAUGCUCUUCCUUCUCUACAGCAUGAGCCUAGUCAAGAUCAUAAUCAUGAUCACGAACAAGAUCAUGAACCAGACAUAGAACAGGAUUAUGAUAUCAUAACAGAAUUUACAGGUCAAGAUGGAAUCCGUGUUUUGAUGGAUAAAGCAUUACAAGGAGCUUUGACAAUACCUGAAGAAGAGUUUAUUUUGGAGCAAUUUGAAAAGAAUGACAAGUUAGUCUAUCAUUGUGAUCUAUUACCAGAAAAGUUCCCUGAUCUGGUUGAAAAUAAUUCUAGAAUUGCUGUAGAAGCAUUAUUACAACUUAAAUCAUCAUCUCAAGUUGGCAAAUUUUUGAAAGCUCUUAUAACAGUUAAUGAUCCAGAACGAUCACAACAAUCAUCAGUGGAUCCAGUAAAUAGAAUGAGAUCUUCUAUGGAAGUUAUAAAUGGGUUAACUUCUUUUCCACUUUCCCCCGAGUUUUUACACAAAUAUCUUACUAAUUGUAUACGAGCUUGUGAAGCGAGUCAAAACCGAGAUACACAGGAUCGCCAAGUUCGUUUGAUAUGCGUAUUCUUUCAAUCUUUAAUUAGAAAUAAUACAGUAGAUGUUAAUAGAUUCCUUGUAGAGAUGCCUGCAUUUUGCCUUCAAUUCUCACGAAUAAGAGAAGCUGUAGACUUAUAUAGACAAUUUUUAAUUUUGCAAAGAAAUCCUGAUGUUGAUAAUGUGGUAUCAAAUGCUGAUAUUGUUGAAGAUGUUAAUGGGGAACUUAACCUUGACGAUCCGGGACAAUGGGAUUUAUCUUAA